AGUACAACUUCAAGGUUCUGAAGCAUUGUCGGGGAGAGGGAGAGAGAGAAAUGCAGAAGUGCGAGAAGGAAUGCCUGUUUUUCUGCUUCCUCUUUGCGUUCAGCAUAGAUCCUCCAACAUUUCACGCCCUGUCUCAAAUGCUUAUAGUGAGAAACGCGCCCAAGGAUGAUUAGUUUCGGGAACGAAUGCCAGGAAAAUCAACUCUGAUAUGUGUUUCACGCCGUGACUCAAUGCCUGAUAAUGAGAAAUGCACAAUGAAAAUAGUUUCGGGAACGAGAGCCACGAAAAUCGACUCUGAGUCUCUUCUCCGGUUCCUUACUUGCGUUCAGCAUUAGAGACAGGUCCUCCGCCGUGGCUCCUAUUUGUUACCUGACUAGAAAGCUUCGACUAGGACUUCGUAGACGAAGGACGGCACUCUCUAUGUUCGCAAACUGCUUGCUACAGUAGAGAGGUUAGCCAUUUAUUCUCAAAGGCGUCCCAUCGAUCCCCACUCAUUAGGUUCGUGAUUAUCUCCCCCCCCCCCUUUUGACAGAACUUCACAGAUCCGCAGCACUGCCAGCCAGGCCUUCACAGCAUGGAGGGUCGGCAUUGAAACCAGGCACGCCAAGAGCGGGACGUGCAAAGCUCACACUGCAGCCGUCACAUGAGAGACCCAGCAAACGCAUCUCCUAAUUCCCGCCUCGUUUCUUGAUCCCUAGCUCGGCACUAUACCUUGUGUACCUCUAUCUCCCUGCCUUUCUGACUGCUGAAUCUUUUCAAGGACUUGAUGUCGUUUCAUCUCUUCUCUUCCAUAAUUGCUCCUUUCCUUUCUUCAUGUUCCAUCGUCAGCGUCCCUUGUUUUACGUUAUUCUCCCUUUCACUUGUUCGUUCUCCGUUUUAUUGUUUCAUCUUCCGCGUGAUGUUUGCGUUUGGCCUGGAUGGAACAGGUGGUGGGGUUGAUUCGACCGUCGCUGUCACCAUUCUCUGCACCUGUCAGGUUUCGUAUGUUCAUGUUUUCUGAAUUCUCGUCAGAUCUGAUGGUAUCCUUACUGCUUUAGCUUAGUGAUCUGAUAUCUCAUUUUCUUUCAACCGUUCCGCCUCAUCGUCGCAAUUGCCAUUCAUUUUGUCCACGUUUUCGCCAUUGAAAUCUCCUUCGAUUCCGCAUUCUGUUGCCCUUUCCCUAAUAGCCUUCGGUUUCGCCUACGAUUUCGCCAACGAUUUCGCAUUCGGUUUCGCCUUCGAGUUCGCCUUCGGGUUCGCCUUCGAGUUCGCCUUCGGUUUCGCCCUGCUCAUGCCCUGCGGAUGCGCUGAGGAAUGCAUGACUGACGGUUCUGGGCAGCAGCGACUUUUUAUUCUUAUUGGGACCGAUUUUGUCUUUGGAAUGGUGCUUGUGUUUUCUGCUUGAUAUGCUCGACGAUUGCAUGGUGCUUUUUGCACCGGUAAUGUUGAAUUGUAAUUGUAUCUGCGGAUCAUAAAUGCAUAAUGUAUUU